AUGAACUCUCGGGAUCUAAUGGAUAUUUCGCCAGGUGUGAUUUUGCUAGAAGAGGCAGGGGAGAUUCUCGAAUCUCAUGUCCUUGUCGCAAUGGGGCCUAGAACCAAGCAAUUGAUCAUGAUAGGUGAUCACAAACAGCUGCGUCCGAAAAUCAACAACUAUUCACUGUCCGUGGAGAAGGAAUCGGGGUAUGAUCUGAACCGAUCGCUCUUCGAACGCCAUGUGGGCUCCGAGUACCCUCAUUGCACUCUUGCUAAACAACAUCGCAUGGUACCUGAGAUCUCAUGCCUUGUGAGGAACCUGACUUACACUGACCUUAUGGACGGUGACAGAACGUUGAAUCGACCAGAAGUAAGGGGGCUGCAGGAUAGGGUGAUCUUUAUUGACCAUACUCAUCCUGAGGACACGUUUCGAGAGGUCUCAGAUCGGUAUGAUGCCGGCACAAAGGGUAGCAAACGGAACACAUUUGGGCCACAGCUAGUGCUCAAAAUCGUCCGAUACAUCGGCCAGCAGGGCUAUGGAACUAAUAAGCUCGUCGUUCUCACACCAUACCUAGGUCAGCUCCAUCUGCUCCGUGAAGAGCUACGCAAGGAUUCAGAUCCUGUUCUUAAUGACUUGGACUCGUACGACCUCGUUCGAGCUGGCCUGAUAUCUCAAGCAAGUGCCCAGCACACCAAGCGCCCAAUCAGAUUAUCAACAAUUGACAAUUAUCAUGGCGAAGAAAGCGAUGUUGUUAUUGCCACACUUACUCGAAGCAACGGAGACGGUGAGAUCGGCUUCAUGUCGGCGCCGCAGCGUUUGAACGUGCUUCUUUCCCGGGCCCGAGAUGUUCUCAUAAUGUUCGGAAACUCCCAAACUUUCAAACAAAGCCGAAAGGGCCAAGAUAUCUGGAUACCAUUGUUCGAUCAACUUCAGGCAAACGGUCUUCUGUAUGAUGGACUUCCAGUCCGGUGUGAGCAACAUCCGCAGCGAAAGGCUGUGCUCCGAGAAAUCAAUUAUUUCGAGAAGCUAUGCCCUGAUGGAGGGCGUCAGCAAGCCUGUGGAACCAAGCUAAACUGCGGCCUCCACGACUGUCCGCAAAAGUGUCACCAGUUAUCUGACCAUUCCAAGAUGCAGUGCCGCAAGAUUAUCGAGUGGACUUGUAGUCGAGAUCACCCGUUACACGACCAUGCUUUCAGCAACAAAAUCUAUGCUCUCGCUGCGACGAAGAAGACAAAGAAACCGAACGGCGACGGAAGCGAGAUAUGGAACUCGAUGCUAAGAGGGAGGCUCAACUGA